CUUUCAAGAUGGCGACUUUUUAAAAGCGAAACUUGUGGCUGCGGCCCUGUUGCUGUGUGCUUUUCAUGACUUUAUGAGAAUGACAGCAGGUACCCUGAACAUAUUUCUGCCCGUGCAGCUUUGUGACGCGGGUGGGAUCCUCAUCUGCCACUCAGACGCGACAUUUAGCAACGUAAUCUGUUCUGCCUUGUUGCCUUUGGAAGAAUCGCGGCGACAUGUCGGCUCCGCCAAAGCCCUGAAAUCUCGCAUCCGGACUUCGGGUGGCGACCGUGUUGUGCUGGGCUUAUUAGUCAGAGGAAGCUCCGACGUCCAGCAUGUCACAGACAACGGUGGAAAGACAUACGAUUUCCGGGUACACCUAGACGUUCAAAACAACCUGGUUGAUUCAUCCGUGAUUGACUCCGAGCGCAAGACACUUGUCAUAUUCUACGACGCCGUGCGACUUGCAAAAACCUCCAGCUUACGCGAGGAUCAACACUCGCCUUUGACUCCUCUUCUCCUGAAACGUGUUGUGUACAGUUUUCCUGCGAACGUCGAGUCAAGUGUUGUCUACGCCUCGACAAAAUCUAACGGCGUUCCUCUUCUGUGGUUCCUGGUACUCUACGUUGCAAGGGUGCUGCAAACUUUGAGACGGGCGGUCUUCAGCAAGCUUCCUGAAGGAGUUACAAAUGCCAUUACAAGAUGCGUCAAAGUCACAUCAACAGGAUCCCUCAUCUGCAAGCGACUCAAUGACAUCAUAGCAGUGCAGGAUAGCGUUGAACAGCAUGGCCACAUAACCCUAAGCUGCAAGAACCGCAUCUUCAGCAUCGUGGUGGACUGUCUUCUGGGCUUAUGCCUGGCACUGGCAGUGCAUCGACAUCAGGGUCUUCCGACAGGGGUUUCGUGGGCAUCUUUGGAAUGGACGGAGACGGUUGUUCAGCACUUGCAAGACUUGGUGGAGUGGCUGAUGGGUGCUCCAGCAGGGCUGAAGCUGAAUGCCCCGCUAAACAGUGCACUGGGACGCUUCUUUCUGUAUCACAUCAGCCUAUGGGAGACUUACGUGGGCAUCCUCCAUCCGUGGGUCGCCGCCCUGCUGAGGCUUUGGCCGGGCAGCCUGACGCUGCACCUGGCCCUCGCCUCGGACCUUCUGGCGCUGUCCACGGUGCACAUCUACUGCUUCUACGGCUACGCCUGCCGCCUCUACCAGGGCUGGGUCGGGGGCUUAGGAGCGCUGGGGCGCCUCUUCCGCGGCACCAAGUGGAACCCACUCCGGGAGCGCGUCGACUCUCACCGCUACGACGUCGACCAGAUGUUUGUGGGGACGCUGCUCUUCACCAUCCUGCUGUUCCUCUUUCCCACGGUGGCCGUGUACUACGCCGUUUUCCUCGGGCUACGCCUAGCUGUUUUAGCGGCCCAAGGCAUCCUGAGCAGAGCAGUCAUCGUGUGGGAUUCCUUCCCACUCUACACACUUGCAGCCAGGACAUUUGGUGGAAAUCCUGUUGUCGGAGACAUCAACUUUGACGUCCUUUCGUCUGGACGAAGAUUUGCCCUGUUUUUACAGGUCAUUCCAGGAAAUGUCAAGUUGUGGCCAGACCACUUGGGGGGCCCCCCUUGGAAGGAAUUUGUGACAGACAUCAUCGUCGGGAGAAUAGUGUACCCACUGUGAUCGUGGAUCCGGUCGCGCUAGAGCACCCAUGCACAGUCUAUCCAUUUGAAGUGAAUGUACCUCAGGGAGUCUGCAAAGCUGAUUGUCACAAGACAGACCAUACUCUGGCACAAAUCAUGUAUACGAGCAUCGGGAGGUCCCAUUUCGAUGACGAGAGCAUUCAACAGAAAGGUUGCAUGCAACCUUGCGGUUCCACUUAAGCCUUGCAGUUGCAUCUAACCAUGUGGGUGCAUGCACCGACAAGCUCAGUAUGGAUCUGUGGUCAAAGCUACAGAAAGGUUGUCAAUAAAGUAAACGAAGCUUGUAGUAGAG